CUUCCGGAGGUCACUUCCUCUCUUGUCUCUUAGCAACCUCUGGAAGCGUUGUUGACGUCCCAGGUGGCCGCAGUGCUUGAGUCCGGAGUCUAGGCGUCCGCGCGAUGGCAGAGGUGGAGGAAACCUUGAAGAGGAUUCAGAGCCACAAAGGAGUGAUUGGCACGAUGGUUGUGAACGCAGAAGGCAUUCCAAUCCGAACGACCUUGGACAACUCCACAACAGUCCAAUACGCAGGUCUCCUUCAUCAGCUGACAAUGAAAGCCAAGAGCACUGUCCGUGAUAUUGAUCCACAGAACGACCUAACUUUUCUUAGGAUCAGAUCAAAGAAACAUGAAAUCAUGGUAGCACCAGACAAGGAAUAUCUUCUGAUUGUCAUUCAGAAUCCGUGUGAAUAGACCUCCUGUGGCCAAGCCUGUCCCCGAGACUGGGUCGAUGACUACGAUUAUAUUCCAAUGUAACUAAUCUUUUGGAAAUUCUUUUCUACUUUUACACUGAGAAGUAUUCAACAUGUUUCG